AUUUUAAUACACAAGACUGUUUAUGUGAAUAUAAUCAUAAAAGAUGUAGGGAAGGAACAUGUGAAACAUGCUAUGACUAUUUAUGUUGUCUGAUAAUCCAAUACCCAGUAUGUGAUUCUGAACGUAUCACACAAACUGAUAAAAAUUGUAACUGUAAAAAAAAUCACAAAAGGUGUAAAGAUGAAACUUGUAGGAAAUAUUGUGAUUUCUACAAUAAAAUAAUUUCGUGUAGAAACUGUUAUCUCCAGGAUAAAAAAUAUGAAUGGUCAAGGGUUAUGUGUGAAGAGAAUUUUAAUCUUAAAAGGGAAGAGAUAAAAACUCUUGGGUUUUAUUCAGCUAGAUUUGAGAAGGGAAGUAAAUUUAAAAAACUUUAUUUACAAGGGUACAUUCAAUUUAACACUAGAGUUACCGAAAAAUAUAUAAAGCAACAUUUUGGAAACAAUUUACAUAUCAUCGUGCCAACUUUUAAUUCGCAGAGAAAGCAGAAUUCAGAUAGACCAUAUAAAACUGGUGCAGAAUGCAGACAUGAGUAUUCUGUAAAGAGAUAUAAUAAAUGUGCUGUACAUAAACAUUGUUCGUGUAGUUACAUAGAUUCUGAAGAUGUAUGUGAUGAGUGUUUUCCAACAAAAGAAACCUGCAUGCAAAGUAGAAGAUCACUUGAAAUAAAGGAUAGGAAUGGAAUCAUUAUUGAAAA